UUUAACCUGUCUGAUUGUAGAGGAGUUUCGAGUACUGUCCGGCGAUGUGUACACAGGGAGACCGGCCGUCAGUUUGCUGUAAAGAUCAUAGAGGUGACUCCAGAGAGGCUGAGUCCAGAACAGCUGAGAGAGGUGCGACUGUCAACGGCCAAGGAGAUGGAGAUCUUGCAUCGUGUGUCCCAUCAUCCCUACAUCAUAACGCUGAUCGAUUCCUAUGAGUCAAACACAUUCAUAUUUCUUGUUUUCGAUCUGAUGAAACGGGGUGAGCUAUUUGAUUACUUGACAGAGAAGGUGACUCUGAGUGAGAAGGAGACGCGGUUUAUCAUGCGUUCGCUGUUGGAGGCCGUAUCUUACCUGCAUAAUAAUAACAUUGUGCAUCGUGACCUCAAACCAGAGAACAUACUGAUGGAUGAUUGUCUCAACAUAAAGCUCUCCGAUUUUGGUUUCAGUUGUGUUUUGAAUCCCCCAGAUAAACUGCGAGAGCUUUGUGGAACACCCGGUUAUUUGGCUCCAGAGAUCCUAAAGUGUUCAAUGGAUGAGACACAUCCGGGAUAUGGCAGAGAAGUUGAUCUGUGGGCCUGUGGAGUGAUCAUGUUCACCCUUCUUGCCGGCUCUCCCCCUUUCUGGCACCGCAGGCAGAUGUUAAUGCUGCGCAUGAUCAUGGAUGGACGUUUCCAGUUUAAUUCUCCAGAGUGGGAUGAUCGCUCUGCAACCUCUAAAGAUUUGAUUUCCCGUCUACUGGAGGUUUGUCCUGCGAAGCGACUCACAGCAGAGCAAGCAUUACAGCAUGCGUUCUUUCAGAGCCACCAGCGAGAGCAAGGCAUCACUGUCCGUCCACAGCAGCGCUUUCGGGUUGCUGCGUUGGCGGCCCUGGCUUGUGUUCGCAUUUUGAUAAGAUGGCGUCAAGCAAGACCCGUUACCAGUCUGCUCCUCGCACACGACCCCUAUGGAGUGAAAGGUGUCCGUAAAUUGAUCGACGCCUGUGCUUUCCGCAUUUAUGGUCACUGGGUGAAAAAGGGAGAAAGGCAGAACAGGGCUGCUCUCUUUCAGAACCAACCCAAGGCGCUCCUGCUCACAUUUGGGGAGGAUGAUGAGCGGGAGGGAGAGCUCUGAGGUUUGUAGAACAUCCAAGAACUUAGAGGAGUGGUAGGUCCAAUGUGUAUUAACCUCUCAUAGAGAUUGUGGAUCUGCGUGACACACGGAAGAAGUUCUACCUUACUGGACCAGUACUAAAGACCACACAGUUGGGUAAACCUAGACCUCUUGCCAAACCAGAACUUGUAUCUCUUCCUGAUCAGGGAAGGGACUGAAAACAAUGGCAUUGGGUGUUUGAUCAAUGUGAACCCUACUACCAUGAGGUAUGAGAUCACAUUCCACUGUAUAGCGUUUUUACAUGUACCACGGCAAUCUCUGCUGUAAUCGCUGCUUAGGUUGAGAAGAACCCCAAGGCACCAGGGAAAGUACUAUGUGUCGAGAAUACAAGAAUGUCAAGGACUGGUAUCACCUGCUGUUGUUUCUAGUUAGCAGGUUAAUUCCUUACAUUUUUUUAAUUUUUUUCCCCCUCUACCUUCCUGUGAAAUAAAUAAUAGUACCUUU